CUGUAAAAUACACAUUUCAUCUACAACUAACUUGAUCGAUCGAUUAACGCAAAGAUGGAAAGGCUUGUUGAAAGUUUUGACGAUUUGAAUAGCGCGUUCGAUGACCAGUUGAAUAGGGCCCGUGCACACACGCAAAGUGAUAGCGAUGCAGUGAGUAUUGACUUGGAUACUGGCAAAGACAACAAAAAGAUUGAUUUUGCCAAGUUAGCAGAGACCUUUUACAAUGAGCAGCGUCAACGAAUAAUCGAGAUUCAGAACCCACAUAUCAGCAGUCUGCCGAAUGAUUUCUUAUACCACAUCGGCUACGCAUCGACAGACGAUUUGGUAUCCCUGUUCAGCGAUGUCAAGUAUGUAUUCACUGGAGGAUCUUCUGGGCGAAUGCAAAAAUUUGCAAAUAGUUUGAAGGAGGCUGCGGGUGUCAAACUUCCAACCGGUGCCCAAUUGGCGGAUCUAUCUACCACAGAUCGAUACAGUUUGUUUAAGGUCGGACCGGUGCUCUCAGUCAGUCAUGGUAUGGGAAUGCCUUCAAUCUCCAUCUUGCUUCAUGAAAUAACCAAAUUACUGGCGUACGCCGGGGCCACCGGCGUGUCAAUGGUCCGUAUGGGUACCUCUGGAGGAGUUGGUGUUGAGCCUGGGAGUGUAGUUGUCACUACUACUGCCGUCAAUGGAUCUUUGGAGCCAUUUCAGAGAUGCACGAUCCUCGGCGAGGAGGUCAAACGCACUUCUGAAUUCAAUGAUGAUCUUGGUGAUCUAAUCGCAUCCUGCUGGGAUGAGGAUACACCAAUUGUCCGGGGCAAAACCAUGUCGACUGAUGAUUUCUACGAAGGACAGGGUCGCUUGGACGGUGCUAUUUGUGAUUAUGUCGGGAAGAAUAAGAUGGACUUCCUUAUGAAAGCACAUAAGGGAGGUGUUAGAAAUAUCGAGAUGGAAUCCCUCCAAUUCGCCUCCUUUACACAUCGUCUGGGAAUACCCGCAGCAAUGGUGGCCGUAGCUCUUUUAAAUAGAUUGGAAGGCGAUCAGGUUCCAGCAAGCGCCGAGACAUUGUCGGAAUACAGCGCGCGCCCUCAAAGAUUGUUGGCAUCAUUCCUGAAGAAGUCUAUACCUUAUCAUUCCAAAUAGCUCAUGGCUACAUCACUACUCUUAUAUCUUGAGGAAAGCAUGCGAACACUCCCCAUUAAGAUAUAAGUUCAACCCGGCAAAAGUAUAUAUAAAGUAUAAAAUUUUGAUUGAGCUCAGAGGCAGUGUUCUUAAUUUGCUUCGAAGUUUGAUACAGUCACUAUUGAAUCCCAAGUGGGCUCCCGCCUUCAGGAAGGAUGGCUCUUAUGCUACAUCCCUGCUUUCGGAUGGUAGGUCCCUCGGGAGCAAGCUUUGCACUCCACGAUCGUAGGUCCCCUCGAGUGCCACCACUCCCUAUGAAAGUUCCAGUGAUGUAAUCUCCCGUGUGUCUAGCAUGCUUAUGACAAGCUAUCCCUUAGUGUACCAUUGAAUCCCAUAUGUUUUGAUUUGUG